AAGAAAAAAAAAUACAGAGAGCGCGCAUGCAGCCAACGAACAAGCAUGGCAGACACAUGCAAUGCACGCGCAGGGCAGCCGGGGGCCCGCCGCGCCAGACCGAAGACUUGGAGCAGCAGCCCUCUGGCGCGUUUCCAAUGCUGCACAACCUGUUUGCUGCUCCCGCCCAGGCUGCACCAGGGCUAGGCGGCAGGUCGGCGGCGCAGGCGGAGGGGGUCAACGGUGACUGCAACGACGAUACAAGCCGCAACCCUGGCGGCGCUCGCCCGCGUUGGGGUCCCAACAGCAAGCAGCAGCAGCAGCAGCAGCAGCAGCAGCAGCAUCAGUACACAGUAGAAGCGCGCAAGAGGGGGAACAAAGGCUCCGAACACCGACCGACCGACUGAGCGAGGGACCAAGGCCAGACCGGAAAAGACUAGCCCAUGACUCUCCCGAAACGGACCCCGGCAUGGGUGGAAAGGAAACAGGCCAGGCGGCGCUGCACAUAUCGAUGAUGAUUAUCAAUCCGGACGGACGGGAAUCGAGCUUGAAGCAUUGACUUCGAUUCUUUGCUCCGUUUUGGACAGACGCGAUGCAGCCGGGUCUGGACUGGACAGGCAUGGAGUGAACUUGUGCUGCAGGCAGGUGGGUCCCAUCAAAUCAGGUACCCCGACCCACACCUCCAUCCCG